AUGGGUAUGGGAAACACGAUAUCUUGCCUGGCUGGGAUCGUCUCACCCAUGGUGACGUCGGCCCUGACCCCGAAUGGAACGCAGGAGGAAUGGCAGAGUGUUUUAUGGGUGACAGCCGCCAUAUUAGGUAUUGGCACUCUAAUCUUUACUUUGUUUGCCAGCGGUGAGGUCCAGGAUUGGGCAAAACUCAAAGGAGGUGACAUCGCGGAAGAGCUUCCGCUCAAAGAAGCUGAUGCAGUGCUUGAGAAGGAGACGCGCUAA